ACUGAAGAACCCACUCAAUCUUAGGUGGAUUUACCACGUUAACCUGUUGUUGUUCUUUUCUCAUGCACUAAACAAAAACUGCUACAAUGCUGUUUUCACUCUCUACUGUAACUGUACUGGUACCAAUUCUGUCCUUAUUUGGACUCAUGUACUCUGCGAGUGUGGAUGACAAUUUCCCCCAGGGUUGCACAAGCACGAGCAGUGUCUGUUUUUAUAGUCUGUUGCUGCCAGUCACAAUACCUGUUUAUGUUUUUUUCCAUAUGUGGAAAUGGAUGGGAAUCAAGCUUUUCCGACACAAUUAAAGUAUUGGUUUAGUUGCACGAUAAAGGUUUAUUUAAACAAUAUAAAAGUGGUCAAACUUGCAUUCCUGAGUAUAUCAAGCUAUAUGUAAAAUCUUGAGAACACUUAAGUGUACUAAUAAAGAAAUUAUCUCUGAAUA